AUGCGUUUGGCGUUGUGGUGCGUCGCCUUUUCCUGGGCUAUAUCGCUAAACUGCGUCUGGAACCGUAAGGCGCUCAAUCCGGCGCCUAAAUCAAAGCCAGACUUUUCGCAAGAGGUAGUUGUCGUUACCGGAGGGUCCACCGGUAUCGGUGCCAAACUCGUUCGCAAACUGGAAGCUGCUGGUGCCAUGGUCAUUAUACUCGAUGUAGCACCCCUAAGCUAUAUGGCCGGCCCCAAGACGUCGUACAUAAAGUGCAACAUCGGCUCGAGCGACGACGUCCGUGCAGCAGCCAAAAUCAUCCAGCAUCAACACGGCCAAGCAUCCAUGCUCGUUGCCAACGCCGGAGUCGUCCGUGGAAAGACAAUUCUGGAUGCCACCGACCAGGACCUCAAGUUGACCUUUGACGUGAACGUCCUCGGCCUCCUGUGGACUAUUCGCGCGUUCCUCCCCGGCAUGAUUUCUAAGAAUCACGGCCACGUGCUCGUCACUGCAUCUUCGACAGCCUUUGUAACGCUGGCCGGCAUGUCAGACUAUUCAGCCUCAAAAGCCGCGGUCAAUUCGCUGAUUGAAGGCCUCCAUACCGAACUUAAGCACAGGCACGGCAACCCUAGCGUGGCAAUCAGCGCGAUCUACCCCGCAACCAUCGGUACAGCUAUGUUCCAGGACCUGGACGUCCCCAAUACGUUCAUGACGCCCAUACUGGAUCCGGAAGAGGUUGCCCAGAGAAUGUUUGAUAUACUAUCCAAAGGCCAAAGGUACGUUUUGGCCGGCUACUUCAUUCUGUAUCCUAGAGAUCCCACCCCCGUUGACUGA